CUUGAUUUCAUGACAGCAAACUCAGCCUGCACAAACGCGUCGCAUCGCUGGCUUUGGCUUGAUCUGAGACGUGCGUCGAGCAACAGCACUGCGGCUGUCCUUGCGGACGACAGAUAAGGGCGCAAGCAUGGCUUGCAGGCGACGAGCCCUGCUGCUCGCGCUCGUCACAGCUGCGAGCGCCUUCGUGCGGCCCGUUACGCACGUACGCGCAGCCCGCAUAGACGUCGCGGCCAAGAAAAAGCGAAAGGGCAAGCCCGCGGCGGGCGGGCUCCAGUCGCUCAAGGUGCCGCAGCUCAAGGAGAAGUGCCGCGCGGCGGGCCUGCCCGUCGGCGGCACGAAGGCCGUGCUGAUCGAGCGCCUGCAGGCCGCGACAGCGCCGGCCGCGGCCGCGGCGCCGGCACCGGCCGCGGCGCCGCCCGCCGCGGGCGGCCUGCCUCCGCCGCCGGCGCCCCGGUCCGCCGACACGCCGGCCGCCAUGUCCAUCGGCACGCUGCCGCCGCCGCCCGCGCCGCGCUCGGCCAAUACGCCGGGAGCCUUUUCUGUCGGGCCGGCCACGGCGAAGCCCAAGCCUCGGGCGGCGCCGAAGCCGAAGCCGAAGCCGGCACCCGCGGCACCGCCUGUAGCGCCGGCCGCGGCGGCGCCGCCGAUGGCUCCGCCCGCGGCGCCUCCCGCGGCCGCCGCGCCGCCGGCCGCGCCCGCGCCCGCGCCAGCACCACCUGUUGCGCCGCCGGCCGCACCACCCGCGGCGGCCGCACCGCCGAUCGCACAGCAAGCGCCAGCCGCGCCGCCGGCGGCCCCGGCCAUGCCGAUGGCGCCCCCCGCGGCGCCGCCGGCCGCGCCGCCUGCCGCGGCGCCCGCGGCGCCCGCCGCGCGCCCGAAGCGCCGCCGCAAAGCAGCCGCGCCGGUCACCGUGGCGCCCGUGGCGCCCGUGGGCGCCGCGCCGCCCGCCGCGCCGCCCGCGGCGCCACCUGCAGCGCCAGCCGCGGCACCGCCAGCCGCGCCGCCCGCUGCGCCGCCCGCGCGGCCGCCCGCGCCCGCCGCACCGGCACCUGUGGCCGCGGCGCCCGCGCCCGCGCCGCCGCCCGCGCCGGGCACGAUCCGCGUCUCGCUGCCGCCUUUACCGGAAGAGAUCGACAAAGAAUCGCUGUCAUCCAUGGCCUCCACCACCCAGUUCCCCGUCGCGAGCGAAGAGGACCUGGGCGGGUCGCAACAGGCCGACGGCUCCAUCACGCUGGCGACGUUCGACGAGCUCGACCAGCGCUCUCAAAAGCGCGCGGCCAAGAACGCGCCCGCGGCGCAACCGCCGAAGCGGAAAGCUGGAGACACGCAAGCUUUAAGGAGGGCCAUGGAGAGCGACCCGAACGCCGACGUGAAUUUCGAAUCCCUAGAAAAGCGGCAAGACGACUUGGUGGCCAUCGCCUUGGGCGAGAACGCCCAGACCUUUUUUGGGAUUCAGUCGUCCUACAUCCAAUUGGGGCACACGGCGCUCGUGCUCGUUAUCUUGCUGGCGGCGUUCGCCGUCGACCCGAACUUUCCCCUCACGAACCUACCGGUCGAAUAUAGGGACUUCCUGAAGCAGGGGCUGUUCGCGGUGUACGCCAUCAACACUUUAGUUGCUGGGGCUGGAUUCUUCGAGGCGCGCGAUCGAGGGCAACCCGUCGCUCUGUGGGUCGCGAAGUGCUGGUUUUUGGGCGGCGUCGGCUACAACCAGCUCGUGACGUCGACGCGGAAGCCCGGGGGCGGAAGCCGCGGGCGGAAGCCGCGGGGGCGGAAGCCCGUCGCCGUCGAGGAGGAGAAGGGGUUCUCCAUGCCUGAGUUGCCGACGUUUAAGAACCCGUUCGAGUAG